AUGGCGGGACAUACGCCGACCAACGGCACUGCAUUCUCGCCGCAAUUCGAACCGGAACAAGACCCCGCAGAUAACACCGUCGCCGUCAUCGGACUCGACGCGACCGGACUGGCGCUGGCUGCGCAUUUCAUGGAUCGAGGCUGCCAGGUCCUCGUCUACCAGGCCCCAGAUAACGGUGCACUUUCAUCGAACCGCGAAUCCUGUUCGCUCUACCGCACUAUCCAAUCCAGAGGUUUUUGGGCAUCAGGUGCAAUCUGGCAGUUUGAAAUGACGCCACGGAUGGUGGCACACCCUCAAAAUGUCUGCCACAAAGCCCGAACGAUCUUUAUCACAAAGCCUGGCCAGACAAAGGAAAUCAUCGAUAGCUUUGGAGGACGAUGCGACAGUAAGCACUGCUUUUUAUUCGUGGAAGGCGGCCCCGACUGGAAAGAUCUCGGAAACGAGCUGAAGAACUCUGCUAGCGUCUUCAACAUUCCGUUCUCUCCUUACGCCUGCGAUGCAACCUCAGGCAACGUCCAUAUUUACAAAAUUCGAGACAGGAUAAGGCUGGAGGAGCUAAAACAAUCAAACGAGGGCAAUGCUCAAUCUUUGCUUGGCGUUGCAUUAUGGCCUUGGAGACAUAGCCUAGGAUGGAGUACACAAAUGAAGGAUGAGGGCAAUGAAGGAUGA